UCUGUCUCACACACCCCCUCCGCGCCGCGCGCCGGCAGUUCCAGUCUGUGAGGCGAGGCUGUCAGCCCCGGGCUGCGCCGUCUCCCAGGGCCAGGGGUCAGGGCCCCGAUGGCCGCGGCGGGGUUCUGGAAGCCCGGUGCGUAGCUGCAGGCGUCAUGGAGGCGGAGCGGCUGCCAGCCUCGGGGGUCAGAGAGGGGACGACCCCUGGGCUGGAGGCGGUGCCUCCCGCGGCUCCCACGCCGACCGCCGCGGCCUCGGGUCCCACCGCGGGGUCUGCGCCCGAGCCGAAGAGGAGGCCGCUCGGGACUCUGCUGCAGCCCACAGUCAACAAGUUCUCGCUUCGGGUGUUCGGCAGCCACAAAGCAGUGGAAAUCGAGCAGGAGCGCGUGAAGUCGGCGGGGGCCUGGAUCAUCCACCCCUACAGCGACUUCCGGUUUUACUGGGACCUGAUCAUGCUGCUGUUGAUGGUGGGGAACCUCAUUGUACUGCCUGUGGGCAUCACUUUCUUCAAAGAAGAGAACUCUCCCCCUUGGAUUGUCUUCAAUGUCCUCUCUGAUACUUUCUUCCUGCUGGAUCUGGUGCUUAACUUCCGUACGGGCAUUGUGGUAGAGGAGGGCGCUGAGAUCCUGCUAGCACCUCGGGCCAUCCGCACUCGCUACCUGCGUACCUGGUUCCUGGUUGACUUCAUCUCUUCCAUCCCAGUGGAUUACAUCUUCCUGGUGGUGGAGCUGGAGCCCCGGCUGGAUGCUGAGGUCUACAAAACAGCUCGGGCCCUGCGCAUUGUUCGAUUCACCAAGAUCCUCAGCCUACUGCGGUUGCUCCGCCUCUCCCGCCUCAUCAGAUACAUACACCAGUGGGAGGAGAUCUUUCACAUGACCUAUGACCUGGCCAGCGCUGUGGUUCGUAUCUUCAACCUCAUUGGGAUGAUGCUGCUGCUCUGUCACUGGGAUGGCUGUCUGCAGUUCCUGGUCCCCAUGCUGCAGGACUUCCCGCCUGACUGCUGGGUCUCCAUGAACCGCAUGGUGAACCACUCCUGGGGCCGCCAGUACUCCCAUGCCCUGUUCAAGGCCAUGAGCCACAUGCUGUGCAUUGGCUAUGGGCAGCAGGCACCUGUGGGCAUGCCUGACGUCUGGCUCACCAUGCUCAGCAUGAUUGUGGGCGCCACCUGCUACGCCAUGUUCAUCGGUCAUGCAACUGCCCUCAUCCAGUCCCUGGACUCUUCCCGGCGCCAGUACCAAGAGAAGUACAAGCAGGUGGAACAGUACAUGUCCUUCCACAAGUUGCCAGCUGACACCCGGCAGCGCAUCCAUGAGUACUAUGAGCACCGCUACCAGGGCAAGAUGUUCAAUGAAGAGAGCAUCCUGGGGGAACUGAGUGAGCCACUGAGAGAGGAGAUCAUUAACUUCACCUGCCGGGGCCUGGUGGCCCACAUGCCGCUGUUUGCCCACGCCGACCCCAGCUUUGUCACUGCAGUUCUCACCAAGCUACGCUUUGAGGUCUUCCAGCCGGGGGACCUCGUGGUGCGUGAAGGCUCUGUGGGGAGGAAGAUGUACUUUAUCCAGCACGGCCUGCUCAGUGUGCUGGCACGUGGCGUCCGGGACACCCGUCUGACUGAUGGAUCCUAUUUUGGGGAGAUCUGCCUGCUGACUCGGGGGCGGCGCACGGCCAGUGUUCGGGCCGACACCUACUGCCGCCUCUACUCCCUAAGUGUGGACCACUUCAAUGCUGUGCUUGAGGAAUUCCCGAUGAUGCGCCGGGCUUUUGAGACUGUGGCCAUGGACCGGCUACGCCGCAUCGCACCCCAUGAGGAACAAAUGGCUAAUUCACAAGCCUGAGGAGAUGAGCAGGCUUACAGAGCCCGGGCACUAUCUUUCACCCCCGAGGAUCAGCCUACACCCAGGCUAUGGCCUAUUCCUGCCUAUGCCUGAUGUAACACCCUGUCUGGGCUUCCCAGCAUCUUCCUCACCGGCCAGUUGUGGUCAGCACGAUGAUGGCAGCAGCACAGCACUUGAAGGCAGCCUCCACAGCACCGAUGGCAGUGACUUCCGUGGGGUCACGGCUCAGAGGUGCUGCCCGGCGUAGCUCCUCAAAAAGCUGCCGGUGGUACACUGCAGCCUCUGCCUCCCGAGCAAUCUGUAAGCAACAGGAAGUCAGGUUGGACAGAGACACUGAGGUCCAGAAGGGGUUUGGUUUCCUGCCCGUUUGCUUUUCAUUCUAAGCUCCUACCGCGUGCUGCAUCUUCACGGCCUCCACUGGGAAGUUGCCCUUGGCAGUCUCCCCUGACAACAUGAUGCAGUCGGCCCCAUCUAGAACAGCAUUGGCUACAUCACUGGUCUCUGCUCGUGUCGGCCGGGGCUUUGUGAUCAUGCUCUCCAGCAUCUGGGGGAGGCCAUGGAUGGCAGCAUGUUAGGAGUCACACACUGGUGGGAAAUCUGCUCAUGGUUUUUCCCUGACACCCCUAUAUCCAGACCCCUUAAAGCCAGGAUUAAAGAUAUAAACUGUGUGACCCUGGGGCAGUUGAGUUUCCUCACCUAAAAAAUGGGGGUCUGCCAGGGUUAGGGAUGUAGCUCAGUGGCACAGCACCUGCCUGGCAAGUGUAAGGUCAUGAGUUUGAUCCUCAGUACAGAAACAAAAAACUCCUAAGCAUAUUUUUUUUCUUUUUUUUUUUAUUGGUACCAGGGGUCAAACUCAGGACCUUGCACUUUCCUAAGCAUAUCUGUAAGGAGAAGCAUGUUAUUUGGGGCUGGCAAUUUAGCUCAUUGGCAAAAGUACCUGCCUAGCAAGUGAAAGUCCUGAGUUUGAUCCCUGGUACCCCCCCCCCAAAAAAAAAACAGUACCCAUAGGCAGUGGAAAGUCCAAGGGCCAAAUCAGGUGUCAAAGACUGAGACAAAUAGUCCUCGAGUGCCAGACUUAGACUCCCUUCUUACUAAAAAAAAAAAGAGUGGGUGCGUCAUGGUAUCUCUACCUAACUUCAUUAUUUGGGGGUCAAACACCAGACAGCAGGAUGUGCUAUGGACUUAAGGUGUGGGUAUUUUCCCUCAGUGUCCCUAAAACCUCAGACCGUCCUAGCCCCAAAGGCUCACUGCAGACCUGUGUGGCACAGACCACGGGUUUGCCCGCCAAGUUGCAGCGCCCAAUCAUCAUCUUCUGAGCAAGGAAAACCUUCUCAGCUGGGAUCUCGAUGCCUAGAUCCCCUCGUGCCACCAUGAUGCCAUCGCUUGCCUCCAGAAUUUCAUCAAACCUGGGCAGAUGGAGGAAUCAGGGCUGGAACAAAGCAGGAUACACCAGGGAGAGGCAGGCAGAAGAGACAGUAAAAGGCUCACUUCUUCACGCCUUCAUGAUUCUCGAUUUUGCUGAUGAUUUUAAUGCCCUGUCCUUCUGGCCCCAGGGCAUUCCGUACAGCAACCACAUCGCUGGAUUUCCGCACAAAGGAGGCAAAGAUGAUGUCCACCCCAUGUUCCACCCCGAAACGCAGGUCCUUGACAUCUUGCUCUGACAGGCUGGGCAGGUCCACCUCGACGCCUGGCAAGUUCACGCCCUUCCUGCUGCCCAGGAUGCCACCACUCUCCACUUCAGUCUGCAGCCCCUCUGGGCCUGAGGACAGGGAGAGAGCAAGCUUCCAUUAGCAGAGAGGUUGGGCUUACAGACAAGGGGGAACGCUGGAUAGGCCUUCAGGAGAUUGACCCGUGCCUUGCCCUUCUCUCUCGGCCUUGUUGUGGGUUCCACACACAAUAAGUGGCGGGUGGAAAUCUGUAUGAGACGACCAACCCACGAGUUCAGCCCCACCCCAGGGUUAGGAUAGGAGUUUGGGUGUGGGUGACUCCAGAUGGGUGGGGAGUAUAGGGUGACAAGAGUAUAGGGGCUUAAGGGUGAAGGGGGCACCAAGGGGUGGGCAGGAAGGACCUGGCGGUCCGCACCGAUUUUCCGGACCACAAGGGAGAUGAGUCCGUCGUCAAUGUAGAUGCGGCCCCCCACUGGCACGACCCGGGUGAUGUUGCAGUAGUCCACCCACACGGUGUUCGCGUCCCCCCGGGUCCGGAAGGCCGGGUCCACAGUCACCAGCACCUGAGUGCCCCUCACAAUCUCCACUUCGGACUCGGGGCCCUAGGGCCAGAGAAGUGAGCUUCAAGUCCCCACCAGCCGCCCCUGACCGCCACCCCCAGCCCUGACCCCCCUUCUCACCCCCUGCAGGAUCCCGGUGCGGAUCUCAGGGCCCUUGGUGUCCAAAGCGAUGCCCACCGGCCUGUAGCUGAAGGGGGAGGUUGCAAAGCUCUCCGCUGCCUCCCGGAUGUUGGCGAUGGACUCUGCGUGAUACUGGAGGCGGAGCGGGUCGGAAUUUCAGGAGAAAGUGCCUAGGACCCGGCGACCUCCGGUUCACCCUUCUCGCCCUUCCCACCUGGUGGGAGCCAUGAGAGAAGUUGAGUCGUGCAAUGUCCAUGCCGGCCUUGAUCAUCUCCUUGAGGCGCUCCACGGAGCGAGAUGCCGGCCCUGGAACCAGAGACCCAGCUCAGAUUUUCCUUCUAAACCUGGGAGACAAUCAACCCAUCACCUUGCUCAGAAUACACCUAGUCAUCUGGUCUUUCUCUGUUUCUGUGUCUUGAAUUUUUUUUUUUUUUUUUCCCAUUUUGAGACAAGGUCUUGCUAUGCAGCUCAGGCUGAACUUGAGCUCACUUUGUAGCCCAGGCUGGUCUUGAAUUUGCAGUGAUCCUCCUCCACCAUGUUCCUUUUUUUUGGACUGGACCCACAGCUUUCUCAAUGAGCUACGUCUCCCGCCCUUUUUAAUUUAAUUUUUAUUUUAGAGUCUCGCCAAGUCACUAUGUAAUCCAUGUUGGCUUUGAGCUCAUACUUUUCCAGCCUUCGCCACCGUAGUGCUGGGAUUGGAUUACGGGUGUGCCACACUCCUGGCUCCCCUGGAUGAUUAAUACGUGCUUCAAUACCUGGACACAUCUCAGCUGGACUCCUGAAGACUCUCCUGUAACUUUCCACCAGCUUUUUGACCAGUUGAUAACGCUGCCUCCUUCCGCCUCUCGCCUUCCAGUUUCCCUCUUCCUCACCCUCAUCCCCACAGGGUCCAUCUGGAGAUCCCACGGGCUCCGCCCGCACGGCGCCUUCUGAAUCUGACCACUUCUCACUGCCUCCAGCCUCCACCGCCACCACCCGGGCCGAGCCAGAAGUGCCGCAGAAGCAGUUUCUGUCCUAACCCCGCCAGUCCCCAACCUAUUUCAGUCCAGCAGCAAGUGGUUCUGGUAGAACAGGAGGGCUUGGUGGCAUAGGACCACAAUCCCAGCACUGCCGAGACUGAGCUAGACAGAUCGCCAGGGGUUUGAGGCCGGCCUGUGCUACUUACUGAGUUCAGAGCCAGCUUGAAAUACAUAGAGACUCUGUCUCAAGAAACCAAAAACCGUAUGUACAUAAUUACAUACAGAGAGCUUGCUCAAGAUUGCGUAGUCUCCUCCACGAGUGGAGGACAAUGUCAUUCUAAUGGCCUAUGAACCCUUGCCCUGUCCUCCCUCAUUCCUGUCUCUUCCCAUCUAUCUUGCCCUUAAUGCUUUUAGGUACUCUAGCUUCCUAAUGGCUGCUGUUACCUGUAACUGUCUCCCAGUGGCUGCCCUGCCCUUCCUGUCUGGGGCUGUAACCUGUCUCCCAUUUCACAUCCCUUAUUCCCUUACUGUAUACCAUGUCUCUCUUUUUUCCCAUAAUAUUUGUUACUCUCUAACACAUUAUUUUGCAAUAAAUGUUUUAUUAUUUAUUGUUUUAUCCAGCAAA